AUGAAAAAUAUCUAUGAAAUGGUAGGAGAGCAGACAACGCUCGCAAAAAACACUUUUAACCUCGUAGAAGAGGUCGUAAAUGAUUUAGAUAAAACUAAUAUUCGGCUAGAUCGGUUAGAACAAGCAGAAAGUCGGGUAAAAAUUUUAAGUAAUUAUAGGGACUGGAUUAAAAAUUUUAUUAACCAUGUUAAAGGAAAAAUAGGAGAAAGCGAAUGGAACACGGCAGUGGAUUCUUUUUCUUUUCUUGAAGAGCAACUCGAAGAUGAUGAAAUUGAUUGUCUUGAUAAAUUAAAUCAAAUUUUAAGUAAUGUCGGAAUGACAACUGACGACAUAAAGCUUUUGCUUGAGGUAAAAAGCGAAAGUAAUAUAAAAUUUCAUAAAAACGGGCAAACUUUGGAAGUAGCAAAAAAUCUACUUAAUGAUCCGCUUCCUGAUGAUCUGGAAAGAUUCAAGGAUCCAUUACGAAAGGCUCUCGAUGCAAUCAAUAUUUGGCGACCGGUCAGACAACGUAGAAACAUUUCUCGCCGUUGA